AGCCUGUAAGCCCGUUACCACGUACGCCCGUUAGUCCUUUGGCUCAUAGAGCCUCGUUUGCCUGUCAUUUGUAGUGGAGACAAUGGCCCUUUCAGGCGUCUCUUAAGAUUUGUCGUUACACUUUUCUGUUUUGAAUUUUUUGGAUUGCGUUGUUUGUUAGGUCCUUCACAAUCUGUAAACUAUUAUCUGGGGGUUUCCUCUCGAACAACUACAGGAUCUAUUAGUCUCAUCCACUUAAUGUCUUUUGUUUUGAUGGAAAUGGGAAAUCCUCCCAGCACAUUCGACUAUGCUAGCUACCACUCAGUGGAAAAACGAGAGAUCAGCUUGAUGAAAACAACAACAAGGAACAAGCUUUGGUAUGACUUCAUCGCAUUUACUCUUCUGAUAUUGACCUUCGUUCUAAAUAGUUACUGCAAACGGCACCGCUUCUUAACACUUUCUUUUUUUUUCCACCAGUUAUCCUCUCUUACCCUUCCACACGUGAUUAUUAACGACGACAAACCGAAUAUUAACGAAGACAAGCCGAAUAUCCGUCGGACACAAAGUCACGAGCCACGCCGAUCAAAUCCGCCACCUUUUCCCUUGACCCAAAUCGCUGAGAAAUACCUCCUUUUAAGUCCCGAAGCUUUUCGGCGGUCAACUGCCACCACAUGCGCAAAAGGAAUCCAAAAUGCAAGAGAAAAAAAGAAGCACCGAAACCAGAGACACAAGAGUUAGAGAACAUCUCGAAAGAUGAAAUAGAAAUUGUUAGAGAAGCAAACAACGAGGAUGAAUCGGAAACAGCGAUAAACCGAGGCCUAAGGACUACAGACAGCGCUGUUUCAUCUACGAAUGAGAAGCAGGAUGAUCCUAAAGGAGAUGACCGUGACACUCCAGCUGAGGCUCGUGAAGCAGGCGACUUUCAGAUGAUACUCGCAAACACCAAGUUAUUUGCGCCGAUGGCAGUGUUUAAAUCGAUAGGAACAGGAUCACUUAACAAGCCUUGUGUUAUCUAUACCAGGCCACCUUCAGGAAGAUCAGAUGGAAUCCACAAACUUGACAUACUGGUGUCUGAAUCGCGUGAAAAAAUGAAAAGCGAGUCCACCACCCGUGGACAGAACGUGAGCGAAUGACGAAGGGCUGACGCUCUGACGAAGGUAUAACAGUCAAAAGAUCAGCUUACUUAUAUAACAGCCUCGUUAGCGCAGUAGGCAGCGCGUCAGUCUCAUAAUCUUAAAGGAAAUCUGAAGGACGUGAGUUCGAUCCUCACACGGGGCAAUGUUUUUGAAGUUUUUAUAGCCAAACCAGUCUUUCAGGAAACCGUAAGGCUUUUAAAGAAGCAAACUUUAAAACGACUCUGUUAUUUGCACGGACAGCAAGACUAAAACAAAUAUAAUUAAAGGUACUUCUCCCAGAAAUGAAAAGCAAGAGUAGGCCUCGGCUAUGGCUUUUGAAACUGCAUGAGAAGGGAUUACCUCUCCUGUCGGUUUAUACUUAGUAUAAAUUUUUUUUGCCGAGACCACUUAUUGUAUCUCGUUCCUUUAUUGAUGAUAUUUUAGUCUUUCUAAAUAUUCUCUUUCCUUUUCUUUUGCAGCCCACGCAGUUUCCAUCUCCCUGUAUUUUCUUUCCUAUAUUUUCUUUCUUCUUUAUAAAGAUGAUAAACAAGCAGAAAAUGAAUAAUGGUGACGUCAU